UGAUAGACAAUAGUAGCCAAGAUGAACGAUUUGUUUUCGGGUUCAUUCAAAAAGUACACAGAUCUUAGGCAACAGACUUGCCAAGAUGAUGUGGAGAGACAAGCCGGAAACGAGGAGGAUAAUCUUGAUAGUUUCUUUCGGGAUGUUGAGAAUGUGAAAGAUGACAUGAAAAUAGUUGAGCAAUUGCACAAGAAAUUGCAGGAAUCCAAUGAAAAGAGCAAGACUGUCCACAAUGCCAAAACCAUGAAACAGCUCAGAGCCCAGAUGGACUCAGAUGUUGAACAGGUCCUGAAGCAGGUCAAGAUCAUUAAGAAGAAGCUUGAAGCCCUUGACCGGUCGAAUGCGGCUCACCGGAAACUCCCCGGUCAGGGUCCGGGGUCAUCUGCCGAUCGUACCAGGGUUUCAGUGGUCAGCGGAUUGGGAAAGAAACUCAAAGGCAUGAUGGAUGAUUUUCAGGCCUUGCGAACCCAAAUGGCAGAUGAAUACAAGGAAACGGUUGGGCGCAGGUAUUUCACAAUCACCGGAGAGAAGCCUGAGGAAGACAUGAUUGAAAACUUGAUAGCAAGCGGCGAGAGUGAAAGUUUCCUACAAAAGGCCAUUCAGGAACAAGGCAGAGGUCAGAUUCUUGACACCAUAUCAGAGAUUCAAGAAAGACAUGAUGCAGUGAAGGAGAUAGAGAAGAAUUUACUCGAGCUGCAUCAGGUGUUCCUGGACAUGGCUGCACUUGUGGAAGCUCAGGGGCAGCACCUCAAUAGCAUUGAAAGCCAUGUAGCACAUGCAAGUUCGUUCGUGAGAAGAGGGACCGAGCAGCUUCAAGAGGCCAGGGAAUACCAGAAGAGCUCGAGGAAGUGGACAUGCUACGCCAUCAUCCUGGGAAUUAUCCUUGUUGUACUCAUUCUUCUACCCGUCUUACUACCAUUGUUGUUUCCAAAGUAGGAAGGCGCCAUAAUCGAGGGCUGGCUUGCAC